GGGAAAAAGUUGCGCAAAGCGCGUACCGCAUUCACCGACCAACAGUUGAACGAGUUGGAGCACAGUUUUGACCGACAGAAAUAUCUGGCUGUACAAGAUCGUAUGGAAUUAGCCGCUCGUUUGGGCUUAUCGGACAUGCAAGUAAAAACGUGGUAUCAAAACAGACGAACCAAAUGGAAACGUCAAACUGCGGUUGGUUUGGAAUUGCUGGCUGAGGCGGACAACUUUGUGGCCGUGCAACGUCUGCUCCAGCAGAGUACCUACUGGGCUUACCACCCGGCGGCACAGUGUAUUCUCGGGAACGGGGAACUCCUGAACCGAUCCAACUUGAACAGUACUAUCAUGGUACCAAGCAAGUACUGUUCUUUUUUGUGCGAUGAAAAUGGUUGUGAUAAGCAACAAAGAUCACUGGACAGCUGUUUCGUCCCGUUUAGGACUCGUCAGCAGUGA